GGUACAUAUAUUAUACGAGUAGUAGGUAUACUUCCUAUCCACUCGCAACUUGGUUUUACCAUGUGCGUGGGUACAUAAAGAGUGAAUAAGUUCUAUACUAAAUAUAGCUUUUAAUAUUUAUAAUAUCUUUGUAAAUAUGUGUCUAUUAGUAUUACGCAUUCGCAUUAUAAUGCAAUAUAGGUCUAACCAAUCACGUAUCUUCUUAUAAUUUAAAAAGCCAUUAUGUCUAAUGCUAAUGACUACAAUUAAAUAUAUUUGUUUGAUCGCCAGUGAACGUUUAGUUUUAAUCAAAUUCACACAGAGCUGAUGUUUUGAUUUUGCGUUAUUCAAAUAACUGUAUUUAAAAUGAAUGCUGUUGACCGAAGUAAUCAGACAUUCACAUGGUUUCUAAUAAUAUGUAUAUUACUUCCAUUUAUUGCUUCUGAGAGUGUUAAAAAGACUGAAACUGAAAAACCAAUGACCACGGAAAAAAAGAACGAAAUUACGCCUGAAAUUAAAUCAAGAUUUUUUGAUUAUAGUGGCCCUUUUAACCAACUAAACCCUAACUUUAAUCAAGGAUCCGGCGGGAAUUCUGGGACUAAUUAUUUACAAUCUCCUCAGUAUUAUCCUGGUGAUGUUCAGAAUGGUGGUUUUCAACAGUAUCCCAAUCAAGAAAACUUUAGACCUACUCAAAACCAAGGUUUUAAUCCCCAGUCAACUAAUGGUUUGAAUCAAUGGCAAAUCCAACCUGGAGUUCAAGUAGGUGGAAAUAAUCCUAAUAGUUUUCCCAAUCAGCAAAUAGGUAAUAUUAGACCAGACAUGAAUAAUCAGAUACAAAGUCAAAACCCAAAUCAAGGAAUACUGCCUCCGGUAUCUAUUGGACUUCAUACUCAAGUUCGACCAAACGGGUGGGAUCAACAACAAUAUUUAAACCAGCCACAACCAAUAAAGGAUCCGAAUUUUAGAGAAAAUCAAUAUCCUAACCAAAUAUACCAACGUCCCUUCAAUAAUCCUGGACAUAACUUCCCAACUGGAAAUGGACAAAUUAAUCAGUAUCCGUUUGGACAUCAAGGCCAAAAUUUUAAUCAAGAAGUGAAUCAGUAUCCAAAUGCAGGCCAUCAACAAAUGCCUAAUCAGUAUCCAAAUCCAGUAUCGCAUGGAGGUAAUAGUGGUGGAACUUUAGAUGACAUACCACCUCAGUAUAAUGGAUCUCAGAAUGCUAUAUUGGGUAAACCUGUACAUAUACCAACUAAUACAUUUUCACCGGAUCAAAUAUAUUUUGAAGACAGCACGGAAAGCCCGUCGCAAAGGCAAUGUGUACAGGACUGUCCAGCUACACCUGAAUACCAACCAGUAUGUGGUUCAAAUAAUGUUACUUAUUUUAAUGCAGGGAAAUUUGUAUGCGCUCGCAACUGCGGCAUACGAGUUUACGUUUUACGACAAGGAAUGUGCACCCGGCGGCCGAUGUAACUAAGUAUAAUUAAGGAUGCUUCAUAUUAUUGUACUAUUAAAUAUUGAAAUUAUGUUUUUAUUUGAAAUUAAGUAAUAUACAUAAUCAAUUAAACUGUUAA